AUGGCAGCUCAGUUGACGAUAGGAGAGCCCUAUAGUUUAAAAAAGUCAAGAAAACUGUAUCUUCCCGAGACUUUAAAUAUUAAAAAGAUGUAUCUCUUUUUUUGUGAAAAACAUCCGGAUCAGAAAAUAAGUUACGAGCCUUACAGACUAAUUUUCACGACAAAAUUUAACAUUGGCUUUGGGUAUCCCAGAUCAGGUACCUGCAGUUACUGCGACGAAGUUAAAGUCAAAAAGUCUCCCUUGGAGACUCAACUAAAAAACAUAGGUGCUGAUAAUCAAGAAAAGAAGUUAGAUAUAGAAAAAGAGGUGAGGACUACUGAAAAUCAACACAAAUUACACAUUCUCAAAGCGUAAACCUUUUACAAAAGAAAACGUAAUGCUAAGAAAAAUGCCCGAAAACAAGUAACCUUUGAAGCUAUAACAAUGGAUUAUUCAAAGAAUUUACCAACACCGAACAUUACAACUAACAAUGUUAAUUACAAACGGCAAUUGACGUUCGUAAGUUUUAAUAUUCACAUCCUUUCAUCUGGGCAAUCGGUUUUUAAUACAUACCCGCAAACUGUUGCUAAAAAAGGGUCAGAUGAUGUUGUGUCUCUUUUAUAUCAUUUUUGCUUUAAUUUUCUUGACCCAGGAGUACGACAUCUUGAGAUCUUUUGUGAUUCCUGCGCUGGGCAGAAUAAAAAUUAUACCCUCUUAAGAUUUUUGCAUUUUCUCGUACAUAAAGAUAAGCGCUUUGACUGUGUGAUUGCUACAUUUCCUAUAAGAGGUCAUUCCUGCCUCGAAUGUGACAAAGACUUUGAUCUAAUUAACCAGAAAUGUAAAGUUGACGUUCCAUUGCAAUGGGUGGAAGUUUUUAAAAAUGCCAGAUACAAACCACGACCAUUUGACGUUGUAGAAUGUAAGCAAGACAUGUUUUUCGUUUGGAAAGACUUUCUGGCACUAACUUAUAAGAAGAAGUGCCCAUUUUCCACAAGACCACGUAGAGAAAUUGUAAUACGCCAUGAACAUCCAAGAACAAAAAAAAUACGAUAA